AUGGAAGUCAACAGCAAACCAUUUGCAAAACAAACCACAAAAUUGCCGCCCUGUUGUUUGAAGUUUCAUCCUUUAGAUAACAGAAUAGUGUUUGUUGGGACAUACAAACUCGAUGAGGUUAAUAAAUUGAAAUACGGAUCCAUUGAAGUCUAUGAAUAUGUCGAAAAAUCCUCAAAAGAUAACCAAGAGUAUUUAAAUGCGUUGGAUCUAGUCAAAGCCAUUGAAUCACCAACCGCGAUCUUGGAUCUUCAGUUUUCUCCGUUCGACGAUAAUUUGUUUGCUACCGGUCAUUCAAAUGGUGUGAUAAUAUUCUGGGAAACCACUCUUGGCCAAUCGCCGUCCGAUAUACAAAUCAACAAAUUGGUGGAGUAUCUGGUAUUUGAAGACCCUACAAACUUGAUAACCUCGAUAAAGUUCUCCGACACUUUGAAAGACAGGAUUCUCAUAACUUCGACUUUUGGCAAGACAGUGGUGUUGAAACUAAACAAUUCAUCCAUUUCAACCGAAUCAACAAUAAUUAAUACAUCGUCUGUAGAAAACUCUCCAUUACCUAUCUCUCAUUCGAUUGAAUCAUGGAUUGGGAACUUUGGGAACUUUGAAUUGUCAAAUGUGGUGUUCACCGGAGGCGAUGACCUCAACCUUAUAUCCCAUGACAUUCGGUCCAAUGAUGUUAUUUUCCAAACUGCCAAUAUUCAUCAAGCAGGAAUCACAUCAAUUUUGACCGCCACCCCGGGUGAUCACAAUGGUAAUGGGUGCUGGAAAUCUAAUGGGAACCAUUUCCAGCUUGCCACCGGAGGUUACGAUGAUACUUUAAAACUUAGCGAUUUGCGUUAUUUACCAGGUUCAGAAGGUCAAGGCAGUACUUUGUUGCCUUAUCCUCCAAGGGCGAGGAAUGAGAAGAAUUUAGGAGGAGGGGUCUGGAGACUUACGCCUUUCAAGAAUACCGCAGAUAAGUUGAUGGUUUGCUGUAUGUACGAUGGAGCUAAGAUCGUUACUGCUGAUGAUGGAUCUGCAAACGAAGAUGUGAUUAAAAUCGAUAGAGUGUUUAGAAAAAACCAUACGAGUAUGGUAUAUGGAGGUGAUACUUCCUUAAAAGAUGAUUUGAUGGCAACUUGUAGUUUCUACGACUGCUCAUUGCAAAUAUGGUCUCCAGAAAUCGUGGACGAAUACCUGAAUUAA